GCCGUUAAUAUUAAAAGCCACACAUAAACCCACCCCAUCACAAGACUCUUCUAUCUUCUUCAUUUCCCUGCGACCCUUGCUUCCUCAGUCUAUCAUGGAGAAGGCAGUCCUGCUGCGUUCUACUACGCCACUCUUCUGCUCCAGAAUCUUUGCUCGCUCUUACCAUGAAAUUGUACGAUUUAGUUCACUCUCCCCCAAGCGCCACCGUCUUCUCCAUUGCGUCCAGCGCUGUCGCCGCUCAUCGCUCUUUGCAAGCCACUUCCGGCUGAACCCCACCUUCACCUCCCAUUCUCAGCUCUUCAGAAGGCAAUUUUCUUCUCUUUCCGUCCAAGCCACAACCACUUCCUCGCCGCAUCUGUCUCCAGAAGCUGUUGGGGCUGCUUCUGAAGAUGCCCAGAAGCUGGGGUUCGAGGAAGUUUGUGAGCAGUUUAUUGAUGAGUGUAAGUCCAAAGCUGUUUUGUAUAAGCACAAGAAGACAGGCGCAGAAAUUAUGUCUGUUUCCAAUGAUGAUGAGAAUAAAGUAUUUGGCAUUGUUUUCCGAACUCCUCCGAAAGAUUCAACUGGAAUUCCUCAUAUAUUGGAACAUAGUGUACUGUGCGGUUCAAGAAAGUAUCCCUUAAAAGAGCCCUUUGUUGAACUAUUGAAGGGAAGUUUACACACUUUUCUCAAUGCAUUCACCUAUCCUGAUAGGACUUGCUAUCCUGUUGCUUCAACAAAUACCAAGGAUUUCUAUAACUUGGUAGAUGUGUACUUAGAUGCUGUGUUUUUCCCCAAAUGUGUGGAGGACUUCCAAACAUUUCAACAAGAGGGUUGGCACUAUGAGCUGAAUGAUCCUUCAGAAAACAUAACUUAUAAAGGAGUUGUUUUCAAUGAAAUGAAAGGGGUUUAUUCACAGCCUGAUAGUCUAAUGGGCAGGGCGUCCCAACAAGCUCUUUUUCCAGACAAUACAUAUGGAGUCGAUAGUGGUGGGGACCCACAGGUCAUUCCUAAGCUAACUUUUGAGGAAUUUAAGGACUUCCACCGCAAAUAUUACCAUCCUAGCAAUGCCAGAAUCUGGUUUUACGGCGAUGAUGAUCCUACUGAGCGUUUGCGCAUCUUAAGUGGAUAUUUGGACAUGUUUGAUUCUAGUUCAGCACCCCUAGAGUCUAAAAUUCAAAUACAGAAGCUAUUUUCUGAGCCAGUCAGGGUUGUUGAAAAAUAUCCUGCUGGUGAGGGUGGCGACCUCAAGAAAAAGCACAUGGUUUGCAUUAAUUGGCUACUUUCGGAGAAGCCCCUGGAUUUAGAAACUGAGCUUGCUUUGGGUUUCUUGGAUCACUUACUGUUAGGAACUCCUGCUUCUCCUUUAAGAAAAAUCUUGUUGGAAAGUGGUUUAGGUGAUGCCAUUGUUGGGGGUGGGGUAGAAGAUGAGCUCCUUCAGCCUCAAUUUAGCAUUGGUUUGAAGGGUGUGUUGGAAGAAAACAUACAGAAAGUAGAAGAGUUGGUUAUGACCACCUUAAAAAAUUUGGCAGAAGAAGGGUUUGAUUCUGAUGCUGUGGAGGCUUCAAUGAAUACGAUUGAGUUCUCUCUUAGGGAGAACAACACUGGCUCGUUCCCUCGUGGGCUAGCAUUGAUGCUUCGCUCAAUAGGGAAAUGGGUUUAUGACAUGGAUCCUUUUGAACCACUGAAGUAUAAGAUACCUCUCGCGGACCUGAGAGCCCGAAUAGCCACAGAAGGCUCCAAAGCUGUUUUUGCUCCUCUAAUAGAACAAUUCAUUUUGACUAACCCACACCGUGUGACGGUUGAGAUGCAUCCCGAUCCUGAGAAGGCUUCAAGUGAUGAAGCAAUUGAAAAAGAAGUUUUGAAUAAAGUGAAAUCAAGCAUGACAGAGGAGGACCUUGCUGAGUUGGCACGGUCUACAAAUGAGCUACGGUUGAAGCAAGAAACACCUGAUCCACCAGAAGCCCUGAAAUCUGUACCAAGUCUUUCUUUACAAGAUAUUCCCAAAAAACCUGUACACGUUCCGAUUGAGGUUGGUGAUAUCAAUGGAAUAAAAGUUUUGCGGCAUGACCUUUUUACAAAUGAUAUCCUUUAUGCUGAAGUUGUUUUCAAUAUGAGCUUGUUGAAGCCAGAGCUUGUUCCGUUGCUUCCACUUUUCUGUCAGUCACUUCUGGAAAUGGGAACAAAGGACUUGGACUUUGUUCAGCUGAACCAGCUGAUUGGAAGAAAAACCGGAGGAAUUUCAGUGUACCCUUUUACCUCAUCAGUGCGGGGCACAGAGGAUCCAUGUAGCCGUAUGAUCGUUCGAGGCAAAGCCAUGUCGGGGAAAACUGAAGAUCUAUUCAACUUGAUCAACACUAUCGUUCAAGAUGUCCAACUCACCAACCAAAAACGAUUCAAGCAAUUUGUUUGUCAAAGCAAAGCUAAAAUGGAGAAUCGACUAAGGGGCAGUGGGCAUAGCAUUGCAGCUGCUCGGAUGGAUGCAAAGCUUAAUGCUGCAGGGUGGUUAUCUGAACAAAUGGGUGGCUUCAGUAAAUUGGAAUAUCUGAGAACCCUUGAAGAGAAGGUUGAGAACAAUUGGCCAGAAAUUUCGUCAUCUCUUGAAGAGAUACGUAGAUCUGUAUUUUCAAAAGAUGGGUGCCUGGUUAACCUAACAGCUGACCAGAAAAAUCUAAUGACCGCUGAGAAACAUGUUAGCUCAUUCCUUGAUUUGCUUCCUAAUAAUAAUUCUCUAAAAGAACCUACUGCAUGGAGUGGACGACUCUCGCCUGAAAAUGAAGCUAUAGUUGUCCCUACACAAGUAAAUUAUGUUGGGAAAGCGGCAAAUCUAUAUGGAGCAGGUUAUGAACUAAAAGGAAGUGCAUAUGUUAUUUCAAAGCACAUAAGCAAUACAUGGCUAUGGGAUCGUGUACGAGUCAGUGGUGGAGCUUAUGGAGGGUUUUGUGAUUUUGACACCCACUCUGGCGUUUUCUCAUUUUUGUCUUAUCGGGAUCCAAAUUUGAUGAAAACACUUAAUGUGUAUGAUGGAACAAGUGAUUUUCUGAAAGAACUUGAAAUGGAUGAUGAUGCUCUCACGAAAGCAAUUAUUGGUACAAUUGGGGAUGUUGAUGCAUACCAGCUGCCUGAUGCAAAAGGAUAUACUAGUUUACUUCGAUACUUAUUGGGUGUUACUCCAGAAGAAAGAGAAAUGAGACGUGAAGAAAUAUUAUCCACAAGGUUGUCCGAUUUCAAGGAAUUUGCAGAUGCUAUACAAACAGUUAAAGAUAAAGGGGUUGUGGUUGCAGUGGCAUCACCAGUGGAUGUUGAUGCUGCCAACAAGGAAUAUCCCAACUUCUUUCAUAUCAAAAGAGCACUUUGAGAGGAGCAAUCUUUUCUUUUUCUGAUUGUCUCAUCACACAGUUGGAAGGAAAUUUAUUUUACCCCACACCCAUUGCGUUAUUUACUUCUUAUAUUUCUAUAACCAAUGCGCGAUUAGGAUGAAAUAGUCAUUGAGGAUUUGAGGCGUACUUUACCCUUGUAUCAAAGGUGAUGAUUGUUUUAGUCGUUUGUCUAGAAAGCAUAAUUAAAACGCAAUGCCCUUAAACAACACAGGGAGGUAUAUGAAGUACAUAUGCUUAUACUGAGAAGUGAAUCCAUGGUGAAACUUACAGUUACCA